AUGGCAUUAAGUAUUGACGGCAAUAAUCACAAUAUUAAUAAUGAAGAUCCAAAAGUUAAAAUGAUGAAACUACAGAAGAAUGGCAUAGAGCUACCCUUUUGUGGAAUAUGCUGUGAUUUCAAGCCAUCCUGGGAGAUGUUUGAGACUCUAAAAUGUGGCCAUAAUUUUUGUAGGUUUUGCAUGCAUGAAUACGUUGCUUCAUGUCUCAGGAGCAAUAUUAUGAUUGUGCCUUGUCCUGAUUCAAAAUGCAAGGUUAAAUAUGGACCUGAACACUUUUGUUCUCUUCUUCCAUUUGAAGUGCUCAAGAGAUGGCAGAAAGUGAUCAAAGAUUGUAACACUCCAAUUUUGGAUAAACAAUUAGACAAGAACCCUAUUCAUGUUGCUGAUGAUGAAGAGAAUAACGAUGUCAAAGAAGAUGCUAUAGUAGUGAUUGAAUCGGAUGAUGAUGAUGUUGGUGGCAUUCUGAAUUUAGAUGGAACAGUCACAAAAUGA